CAUUCAAUGAUCUUUCAUUGAUUAAAUGGUUAUAUUAUAUUAACACGUCGAAAAAUAUUUGUAUACAUUUUUAAAAAAUCAUUUACUAUCAAUACUUUUCUGUCGCAUUUUGCAAGACCUUCAAUUGAUAUAAGCAAAUUUGAGAAAUUCAAAAGUUCUCGUUUAAAUCGCAUAAAUCUAUAUAAAUCAUAAGUUUGGAAAAAAAAAAGACCAUUGUGUAUCAUGCGAGUGUUUGGAAAUUUUAACGAAAUACUUACAUUCUCUCACACCAGUAUUCAUUCGUUAAAAUUAACCGUAAAUGUGUCAUAAAUAAUCGUUGUAGAGUAACUCAUAAAUUAAACUUUUUCCGAGAUACUGUGGAAAGAUUUAAUGAUAAAUCAUCAUUGCUGGAGAUUUUUCAAACGAAUUGAUUUAAAACAAGCACCAUGAGAUCUUCCGCGUUCGUAUGUUAUGAAUUCGUCACGAUUGGAAAUGUCUGGAAACGUUGAGAAGAAAAAAAAAAGAAUAAGAAGAAAAAGAAAAAGAAGGAAGAAAAAAAAAAUCUACGAUUUUAAAACAAAUAGUUUAUAAGAUAUUCGCCAAACAUGAAAUGUUUGAUCUAAAAGAUAACGAAUAUUUGCUAUCGUCUAAUUUUUAAUAUGCUUUGCAAUUAGAAUUUUUUUUAUUUUUAAUUUCGUAUUACUAAUUUAGACUUUGUAAAUAUAUCAAAGUAACGAUUUCAUGGAUAGUAUAAAUACAAACGUGUUCAUUCUUAACAUUUCACAGUCGAAUUUCAAUUUCCACACUUCAAAUUUCGAAGUUGUGGAGGAUUUCGACAAGAAGAAGAAUAAUUUUGAAAUGUUAUAAGAAGUGAGAAAAAAGUAAAAUAAAAGGAAAAAAAAAAUGUCAUCAAAAACUAGAGAACCGAUAAGAAGAUACGUGAACAUACACGUUUACGCAUAUUUGAACGCGCGUUCGCGUAGCAAGUAGAUAUGAUAAAAAGUCAUGCGCGUUCGGUUACAAGGGGUUGUCGAUAUCGGUAUAAAUUGACGUACAGAUCGUCCCAUGAAGCGCAGAUAGUCGAUCGCUCGGUUAAGAAACAUAGAGAAUAAUAGAAAGAGAAAGAUUUUCAUUGAUCUUUUUCAAAUAUCUCUCAAUCGAUUUGAUUAUUCACAAUGGGACUAAUUCGAACGAUCGAAUGAUCGAUCUUAGUUUGCUUUCAUUAUAAGAUUAAUUCGAGUUUUGAUUAAUUGUCAUCGUGAGUCAUUAUUAUUUUAUAUAUUUCGAUGAUAAAACAAAAUUUUUUUUUAUCGAUCAAGAUCAAACUUUGUAAAUCGGUUUUAUCGUGUACCAAAAAUUGACUAGUUCCCCGUUUUAAAUAUAUUCAACAUGAUGGGGGAUAUCAAGGAGCGAAUGGAUGACCCAGGAAAGUUUCGACAAUUUGUAGCAGCGAUGGUUGUGAAUUUAGCAGCUAUGACAUAUGGGUCAAUGAUCGGUUGGCAAUCACCAAUGGCACCACAAUUACAAAGUGAAAACCCACCAGUUGGAACAAUAGCAAUGACAAACGAAGAAAUUUCUUGGCUGAGUGGAGUUAUGUGUUUAGGAGGAAUUAUAACAACUCCAAUAAUGGGUCCAUUAUCAGAGAAACUUGGACGCAAACUCACGGGUUGUCUCAUUGGCCUACCAUUCCUAAUUUGUUCCUUUUUAACGAUCUUUGCAACCGAACAAAUACAUAUCUUUAUUGCACGUUUUUUCUCCGGUAUCGGGGGUGCAGGUGCGCUCUUUUUAGUUCCACUCUACGUUUCCGAAAUUUCCUGCGACUCGAUACGUGGUAUGCUGGGUAGUUUGGUCGUUUUAGUAGUGAACUUCGGAAUACUGAUAAGUUACAUAUUAGGUGGAUUCUUGUCUUACAAUAUCUGUAAUAUUUGUAUCGCUGUGUUACCUGUGAUCUAUCUAGGAAGUUUUCUUUUCCUACCCGAGACACCUGUUUAUUUAAUUCGCCGCAAUCGACUUCGUGAGGCUGAUAGGUCUUUGAUGUGGCUGAGGGCGGGACACCAAUUGACAGUGGAGAGAGAGCUGUUACGUUUGCAGAUCGCUGCGAAGGAAGCCGCAACAUUAUCUAGAUCUAUUGGUUUGAAGGAUCUCUUCAGGAAUAAAGGAACAAUCAAAGGAUUAGUGAUUGGACUAGGUAUCUUCGCUGGUCAACAACUUUGUGGUAUAUUCGCUAUGACAAGCUAUACCGAGACGAUUUUUCGUAUAUCAGGGAGUUCGUUAUCACCGAACACAGCUGUGAUCAUCGUAGGUACCAUACAAGUUGCAGGAUCUUAUCUAUCAACUUCACUGAUGGAACGAACCGGUAGAAGACCUCUCCUAUUAAUAUCCUGUCUGGGGAUGUGUAUUUGCCAUUACAUACUCGGUAUUUUCUGCUAUCUUCAAGAACUAAAUUAUAACGUUUCUACGUUUGGUUGGAUACCUGUGAUAGCUUUAUCGGCUUACAUGAUCGCCUAUUGUUUGGGUUUGGGUCCUGGACCCUACGUUAUUUGCUCUGAAAUAUUUGAUCAAGACCUCUCCAGUUUGGCAAUUACAAUAGCUCUCUUCUUUACUUGGAUCGUUGCUUUCAUAGUAGUGAAGUUCUUUGCAAAUGUCGUAGAUAUGUUUGGCAUGUACGGAUGUUUCUUUAUUUUGGGCACUUCCUGUAUUUCAACUUUUAUCUUCAUUUACAUUUUGGUACCGGAAACGAAGGGAAGAUCGCGAGAAGAUAUUUUAAAUGAAUUAAAUGGUGGAGAUUCUUGGGCUUCGACGAUCGCUGACGUCAAGAUCUCAUCAACAGAUGCAUGAUGUUCGUUAAAGAUUGCUAUUAUUGAAAAGAACAUGGACGUUUUCGUAAAUGAGACGAAUCUUCGAAAUUCCUUGGAUAAUAAUGAGUAAAGAUCAUUGAGAAAGUGAAAAUUGAUUUGUUGG